AUGCCUAAGUAUUACUGUGAUUAUUGCAAGUCGUACUUGACUCACGACACCAUGAGUGUCCGAAAAUCCCACUUGAUGGGUAAACAUCAUAUCAAAUACUAUUGUGAUUACUAUGAGUUCAAAGCUAAAGAGACUGGCGAAUGGAACCCGCAAGAGCUAAUAUAUGAAAUAACAUUUGACAAAUUGAACAAAGGUAUACCGGGAGGUAGUGACGGGAAAAAUCCAGGUAAUAAUCAUUCACUAACUAUUGACAGGAGAGGAGAGAAGGAUGCAAUGGACAUUGAUCUGAAAAAGAGUGCCGACGAUGAAAAUAAUGGCGAAGAAGAGGAAGAAUUCAUGCUCCCGCCGCCUCCUCAUUUGACUGGAUUACCACCGCCACCGCCAGCGGUUUAUAAUACUGUGCGAGAGACUCAAAUUGCAAUACAUAAUAUGCAGCGCUGA